AUGGAAGACGACAUCGAAGCAUUUAUAGGAUUCACCGAAAAAGAAGACUUUGACGCACAACAAAAGUAUCCAUGCCGAUAUUUUUGGUGCUUAUCUGAUUCAUCAUUUCUUGAAUUAUGUUGUUAUUUUGGCUCAGUUCAAUGUUUUAAGUUGUUGAGAACCAAAUUCAAGUCAGAAAUCACACAUAAAUGUCUUCUAUAUUCAUUUUUAAGCGGAAAACCAGAUAUAAUGAGUGAAUGUUUGAAAGUUAUAAAACCAGAUUCAGAAUGUAUGUAUUAUGCAAUUUUUUCUCAUAAUAUUGAUUUCAUUACUUUUUUGAUGAACGAAUUUAAUAUUAAAGUUGAUCUUGGUAUGUGCGUAGCAUAUAAUAAUAUCCAAGCAUUUUUUGUUUACUUAGACCAAACUGGUGAUAUCAACACAUGUUUAACUUAUUCUCCAAAAUUUAAUAGUUUAACCCUUGUUAAAUAUUUGAUUAAUAAUGGCGGAGAUGUCCCUGCCACAAACUCAUGUUAUAUGACAGCCCUUGGUAAUGCAGUCAGUAUUAACUCACUUGAAAUUUCGGAGCUCCUAAUCAAACAUGGUGCAGAUGUAAAUUCAAAAAAUCAGUAUGGAAUCCCAAUUCUACAUUAUUGUGAUGAUUCAAUUGAAAUGCUCAAUCUUUUUAUAAACUCUGAUGCAAACUUGGACAUAAGAGAUGAAGAUGGAAAUUCAGUUCUUCAUUUCCUGUGCACACGAUUCUCUUUAGAGCUCAUAGAGGUUCUCAUAGCUAAUGGAGUAGAUAUUGAUGCAAGAAGUAAUUGUGGUAAUACUCCUUUAAUAAGUGCCGCAAGCUGUAAUGAAAUGGAAACAGCAAAAAUACUGAUUAAUUUAGGUGCUGAUAUAAAUGCAGCAAACGAUGAAAACUAUACAGCACUCGAUUAUGCAAGACAAUGCAACAAUAAAGAAUUUGAAGAAUUCUUGAUUUCUCAUGGAGGAAAAUCAUUUCAUACUCCAGAAUAG